GCCUUCAAGCUGUCACUGCAAAGCCCUAGGGUUCUAGAGCUAGGAUGAGCGAGGAGAGGAGAAAUCCGACAAGGAAGCGCGCGAAUUCUAUCAAAGAAUGCGAUGCGAAUGGGAAUUCCAAGCGCCGGCCCAAGGGGGAAGAGAAGAAGGAAGGGAUUUUCUGGGGAAUUUGUGCCCUGUUUGUGGAGCGCGGAGUGAAUGGCACGAGGCUGCAGAUUUGGAAGAAGAGAUUUGAGAGCCUGGGGGGGACGAUUGCCGAUCCAAACAAGAAGCGAGUGUCACGAGACUUGAAUUAUGUCCUGGCUGUCGAUAGGAAAGCUCUGGAUGGGCUUCCAGACGCUGAAAAUCUCGCCAAGUUGUUUCUUCCAUAUGAUUGGCUUCAAACAUGUUUGACAGAAGGAAUUCUCGUCUCCACCGAAAGCUAUCAAUCGUCUGUUGUUCUACGCGAGCCUGAGACAACCAUUGUUGCUACGGCCGCUUUAGAACAGCAAGAUCUAGCGAGGACUUGCCAGCUCCAAACUCCGGAUGUCACAAAUCCUGGAGAGGAGCAUAAGACCAUCUCGGAGAUCACAUCAACUUCGAGAGAAAGCUCUUCGUUUCUGGACAGGACACAAGAUGGCACAAGCUUUCUCGUCAGGACAGAAGAAAACGCAACUAUAACCGCUGGAACUUCCGUUGCUGCGGACGAUCAAGAGGAGCCUGUCGAAGAGGAGGAUGCGAGCUCGGACGAGGAUGAAAACAUGAACUUCAAGGAGAAGUUAAGGCGGAAGCAGACCUUCUACGGCAAGCAAGAGAAUCCAAAUCUCAACGAGCAUUUGACGAAUCCGCUGGCUGAGAUGUGGCACCUCUACGAGGACGUUUUGGGAGACCAGUGGAGAUCCCUGAUAUACAGAAAGACUGUGAAUAAGCUGCGAAGUUUGCCAUACAAAGUGACGAGUGUCGAGCAGAUUAGAGAAAUGUAUGGGGUGGGAAAAUCCCUUGUAAAAAUGGUGAAGGAGAUUCUGGGAACUGGACAACUUCAAAAGCUUGACAAUCUGAAAGCGCAGGUUGGCGAAAUACAAGUUCUUGGCUCAGUGUGGGGUAUCGGAGCAAUUCAGGCACGAGAGCUGUAUAAGAAAGGAUUUCGCACUGUCAAAGACCUGGAGAAUUACUCGUCCCUGACUUCUAUGCAGCGCAUGGGCGUCAAGUAUUAUGACGAUAUUAAUUUGCGAAUCCCUCGAGACGAAGUGGUGGACACCGAGAAGUUCGUGCGAGGUGUUGUUGAAACUCUUGCUCCAGGGGCUUGGGUAAAUGCAGCAGGUUCUUAUCGAAGAGGCAAGCCUACUUGUGGCGACGUUGAUAUUCUAAUCACUCAUCCCGAUGGUUCCAGCCAUCAGGAUCUUCUGGCGAGACUCGUCCAAGAACUGCGCAGAAUCGAGUUUAUCGUAGAUGGUCUUCGCGUCGAUGCAAAUGCUCGAAAGGGAGGUACUCAACCCGAUAUGUUUAUGGGGAUUUUUCACUUUCAAUGCAAAGCUUAUCGAAGAAUAGACAUAAAAGUUUAUCCAAGGCAUGUGUACGCUUUUGCACUACUCGCCUUUACUGGGAACGAUGUUCUCAACAGAAAGAUUCGAUUUUUGGCUCGGGUAAAGUUUGGAUACAAGCUGAGCGAUCAAGGACUCUUCAUACGCGAAAGCAAGAAGAAAGAUUCUAAAGCAAGUACGGAAUCCAUUCCUUGUGAGACAGAGCGGGAGAUUUUUGAGAAGCUUGGUUUGGAUUAUCCAGAACCUCAUGACCGCAAUUGGUAAUGUAUAUACAUAUUUGUGAUUCUUUUUUCCUUAGACAACAUCUCAUAGCUUCGAAUAUUUCUUUAGACACCGUUCGGCUAUAAAAUGUCAUUUAGGUGCUGGUAGAUACUAGUUCUCGUUGUCCUUGGGGUCAAUGCCUGUACAUGUAAAAUUGAAAGAAGGUUUAGACAUUCAAGCAAGCAACGGCCAACUUCCAUCUCCUGGGCAUCCGAUGUCAAGGUGAUAUGCUCUUCUCAUCAUGAGAUCCAGAUGACAUGUCUUGCCACCUUCCAACAAGUAGGCGUCACAACCCUUAACCUUUGGUUGUAUAUUCAAUGUGAUAUAUCAAACAUAUC